GCUGACGUCAUAACUCUUGAAAUUGGGUCUUCUGAAACGAGGCUGAACUGGAUGAUAAGGUGAAGGUGAGAGCAAAGGAGCUGUGGCGACAUUGCAUCUGGGAAGAAAGUCUUUUUAACUUGUAAUCAAGAGACCUUUUAAUUAUAAAUAAUCAUUGGGAAAUGAAUGAUGACUGAUUGACAAGCUAAGACAAUAUAGAUGGAUUGUUGGUGCUCUUAGUCAAUUCUCACCAUGUGUAUCACCACUAAUGGAUUCUACAUAAACAGCGCAAAUUAUGGGCUAUUAUUGGUAAAGUAAAACAGCGCAAAUGCAGCUGCAGAUGACAUCACAAAUAAUGAGGUUCUUACAAGGAAUAUUUGGUUUUGUGUUCAAUUACAUGUUCAGCACAAGAGGAAAGAAGUUGGUGGUGCUUGGGAUAACUGCUUUCAUUACUUUGAUGUACUAUUGUUCAUCAAAGUUUAUUCUUCCUCAUCGCCAUUUGAAAGUUGUUCACGGCGGACAUAAAAAUGCACCAGCCUGUUUGGCCAGCAUGUUGGAAAAGUGGUAUCUGAGAAUGGAAAAUGCAGAUGCAGUCAUUAAGCACAUUCCAUCUGAUUCUGUGGAUCAUCAGUUCCUGCCAUUUGUUGGUGACGGUUAUGUAGGCUUGACGACUAAUGGUGAAAAAAGCGAACUCUAUAUUCUGAAUGACACAAAAAUGGGUCUUAUAAAGAUCCCUUUUUCAAAUCUGCUGCAGUUUAAUCCAAUGGGGGAGACAAAAGACCCAGAUGAGACAAUUGUUCUUGAUAUCAAAAAUGGCAAAAUCCACAAGUUUACUACGUUUAACGGGGAUAAUCAAGUGUAUUGUAUUGUUGUGGAACACAUCAUUUUCGUUCACCGUGAUAUUCCUGGCCUUUUGUACCAAGAAGUGAAGAUAAACAAUUUCAGGCCCACGGCAGUUCAUGGAGUAUUCAGCAUACAAACAAGCGAUAAAUGGCACAAAGAGGUCAUCACCUCAAAGGGAAGCAAAUUGGACAGCUACUCAUUGAGCUACGGAGUUGAAAGUAGCAAAGCGAGAACUGGUCGAAAAGUCAUAGCAGUUGCGACUUCGUUGUUUCCGAAAGAGUCAAAGCUUGCUGGACGACGAUCUGUUGAAAUGCAAGUCACAUCUUUAAUACGAACGGAUGAUCUCUUCGUGGAGCAAGAUAAGAAUAUGCAGUCGGAGGCUGAACAGAAAGCCGUAGUCGAUCGUAGCCUAAAGAAGCUAAAGAGCGAAAUCGGGAAAGUAUGGGGACCACUGAUUCAAACGCCUUUACAAAAGACACAUAUUUUGGCUUGGAAAUCUGUUUGGAAUCUAGGCAUUCGCAUCGAAUCGAAAGACGAUCCUGACACACCAUCGCCACUCAAUGUCAAUAUUACUGAGUAUUACUUGUAUUCCACAAAUGUUUUUAAAAAUGAUUCCCUAGCAAGCAUACCGGAGUCGAAAACCGAAUCGUGUUUUUAUGGAGCACCAACAAUGCAUACAACACAUUUUUGGGUGAUGCCAAAGGACAUCGCAAGUUUAAUUUCCCUAACGAGCAACUGGAAUAAUACUUUAUAUAAAUUUGGAUGUGGAGCUCUCAUGAAGGCAGGCGUCUUCGGGAUACAAAGGGCACUCGUCCUCAGUUUCUCAGGACUCCAGUACACAAAGCAUGGAUUAGAGCUGGCAAUCAAUCCAAUAUCAUUAUCAUCCAACGUAUCUCUACGUCAUCUGCCGUACCACAAAAACACUAUUUAUAUUCAUAUAAGAAUUAUGCCCCCAGAUGGCAUCAAAACUAUCGAAAUAUUCUCAGAAAAUUCCAAAGCACCAAAACUGUAUGCUUGUGGAUCCGCUUGUGAGCAUGUUGUUGAAAUCAGCUCAACACCAUCAUUGUUCCUUGCUAAACUAACCAAUCCUGUUACUCCAAUUCUGUAUGUUUCAACCAAUAGAAGUGAACUCCUUGUUAUAAAAGAAAGCUCUUUUAUGAUAAAUGCCCUGAAAGAAACACACGAAGAUGACCAGCCCAGGUUUGCAGCUCACCAUUUCAAGCUCUCAGCAAAGUUCUGGCUCAUUGUCAUUUUAUCUAUAGUAUUCUUCCAUGUUAUUGUGAUCAAAAUGAUUUAUGCUGAAUGCCAUAAAGACAAAGGGGCAAAAAGAAACAGAGGAAGAGCUUUCGUCAGCUAAUGUUCACUUGCCAUGGAAGUGAUACAGCAGUCUUAGUCAAGUUUUGUGAUCAAGAUGAAGAAGUCAACAGACAAAUGAAUGAUUGGCAACAUGUAGGCUAUACUGAGGAACAUAAAACAACAUGCUUUGUACAAAAAUCAAGGAAUGCAAUGGAUCCAGGAGGCAAAGGUAGAAGCUAUUAUCUGAUCUUUGAUUACAAUACAGUGUUUAGCAUGCCAUGGAAGGAUUAUAAAAAUACCUAAACAUUUGAAGGAUUGGAAAAACAUCAAGUGUGAAACUUCUACUCCAGUUGCAAUAAAGUAAAGGUACUGUCAGUAAAUUAUAAAAUUUUAAGUUUUGUGUUGUUGCUAGCAAUUUGUUUUAUAUCUAAGUUAAUUUUUUUAAAUGUCAGGUUCAAAAGAUAUAUUUUCAAGGGCCCUUAAUUUUCAUUUGAAAAAUUACAUUGAAAGUUGUUUCUAUUUGAUUUUUUCAAUUACCGGAUAUGAUUGUUCUUCAUUAAAAUAAAGUUUAAAUUCUUAUUCAUUACUAGAAUUUCAAGGUUUCUCAGCCUGAUCAUCCUUGGUUAGCUGGCUGAAAAACGUAUCAGCAAAAAUCACCCCUUACAUAAAAUAUUGCAUCCUUAUCUCUUGAGCACUUUCAUGUUAAUGUAUUUACAUGCUAUACCAUAUUAAACAUUAAAAUACACUACUGUUCACUUGCCGAAGAAAAACUAUAAAGGUAUUUAUGACAGAUAUUGUUAUGAGCUGAUUAUUUACAGUGACAUUUGUGAAAUAGUGAGAUAUGUAUCAAUUUUCCAGUUGAGAGUCAA